GUUGACAAGAAGAAGAAGAUAAAAGUUUGGUUUUGGUGAUAUAUGGUUGAUAUUUUACAAAUAAUUUACAAAAAAGACACAAAAAAAUACAAUUGUCAGUUUCUUUCCAACAGCAUUAUAAUCCAGAUAAUUUUUUGAGAUAAAAUGGCAAUAAGAACUUAUGGAGAUAAACCCAUUAGCUUUCAACUCGAAGAAAAUGGAGAGUAUUACUGUGUUGGAUCAGAAGUGGGAAACUACUUACGCCUCUUCCGAGGUUCCUUAUAUAAAAAGUAUCCUGGAAUGUACAGGAGAACUAUUACAAAUGAAGAACGAAAGAAGCUCAUUGAACUUGGUUUAAGUCAGCAUGUGUUAGCCAGUAGUGUUUCUCUUUUAAAAGCAACUGAAGUUGAAGAUAUAAUUGAAGGAAACGAUGAAAAGUAUAAGGCUGUAAGUAUUCAUACCUCUGAUCCACCAUUGCCAAGGGAGUCAAAAACUAAGAAAUCUAUGUCUUGGGUUCCUUCACUACCAAAUUCUAGCCAUUUGGAUGCUGUACCCCAAGCCACACCUAUUAAUCGUAAUAGGGUUGCUACCAAGAAGGUUAGAACAUUCCCAUUUUGUUUUGAUGAUACUGAUCCCCAGACAAACAUUGAGAAUGCUUCACAAAGUGAAGUCUUAGUCCCUAUUAGAUUAGACAUGGAAAUUGAAGGACAAAAACUAAGGGAUACAUUUACAUGGAAUAAAAAUGAAAGUUUAAUAACACCAGAACAGUUUGCCGAGGUUUUAUGUGACGAUCUAGAUCUAAAUCCAAUGACAUUUGUUCCUGCUAUUGCACAAUCCAUUAGACAACAGUUAGAAGCGUUUCCUGGAGAAAAUCAAGGAAUCUUGGAAGAUUCCUGCGACCAGAGGGUCAUAAUCAAAUUAAAUAUACACGUGGGAAAUACUUCAUUAGUUGAUCAGGUUGAAUGGGAUAUGUCUGAAAAGGAUAAUAAUCCAGAAGAAUUUGCUUUAAAGUUGUGUUCAGAAUUGGGUCUGGGAGGCGAAUUUGUUACUGCAAUCGCUUAUUCUAUUAGGGGGCAACUUUCAUGGCAUCAAAGAACUUACGCCUUCAGUGAAGCUCCCUUACCAACAAUAGAGGUGCCGUUCCGGCCUCCAAGUGAGUCUGACCAAUGGUCUCCCUUCUUAGAAACUUUGACUGAUGCCGAGAUGGAGAAGAAGAUCAGGGAUCAAGAUCGAAAUACGCGACGAAUACGCCGAUUGGCGAACACCACUCCCGGUUGGUAAUUUCAUUAGGGCCGGGGAACAUGACGAAAAAAAAUGUUUAAUUUUUUUAGGGCUAAUUAUUAAGAAGACCUAAACUUGCAAACGGCCGGCAUUCGGCGGAUGUGGAAAGAAAAGGACUCCGAAUGCAUUUUGCGGUCCGUUCCUAGUCCACGCGCGAUUUGCAUGUUUAGAUCUAAUUUUUUACAAUCCGACUCUACUGUCUAUUCUAUUUAAUGCAUGAAUUGAGAUCAUUGGUAGUAAUGCUCGUGACACAAAUCUAUUCAUUACCUUUGAUUUGACAAAUUAAAGUUUAUAUUCCUCUUUCA